GGUAGGUCUCUAUGAUUACAUAAUCUCACUACUCGAAAAAGGAACAAGAAAAGAAAAAAAAGAAAAAAACUUUCUUCCAAGAUAUCGGGAUAUUUCUACGCGAAAAUCGAUAUAGUCUUAUAAUAAUAAUGUAAUAGGCUCUAUCCAGAUUCACCCCUAUGCCACAGAAUCAUGCGGGUCUCUCUCCCGCCGCCGUUGAGACCGUCGCCGGUCUUUCCGCGGGAUCUAUAGCUACGCUUGUCGUCCAUCCGCUCGACAUCGUCAAGACCCGGAUGCAGAUCCACCAGCGCACUUCUCAUCAGCCCCUCACCACCGUGUCGUUGAUCCGCUCACUCACCCAGACGCCACAUCCCGUAGCGUCUCUCUACCGAGGUCUCACUCCUAACCUUCUUGGAAAUGCCUCUAGUUGGGCUUCCUUUUUCUUCUUUAAGGCCCGGGCUGAGCGUGCCCUCCUAGCCUUGAAGGCUUCUCCGGAUGCCUCGCUCGCACCGCGGGACUAUUUCGUAGCUUCGGGGUUGGCCGGUCUCAUCACCCAAGUCUUGACGAACCCCAUCUGGGUAAUGAAGACACGCAUACUGUCAUCCGAUCGGACCGCCGCUGGCGCAUAUCCAAGUAUGACGGCUGGCGCCGCUCACCUCUUCCGCCACGAAGGCUGGAGGGGAUUUUAUCGAGGCUUAGGGAUCAGCUUAUUAGGCGUAGCUCACGGAGCGGUGCAAUUUGCCGUCUACGACCCAGUCAAAAGACUGUACUUUGCGCGUCGCGGCCCCUUCUCAAGUCACCAGGAAUCAGACAGCCUAGGAAGACAGAGAAUGAGUACCGAGGCGACCCUCGUGAUCUCCAGCGUCGCCAAGUUGGUCGCCGGAGCAGUUACAUAUCCCUACCAGGUCAUCCGCAGCCGACUACAGAAUUACGAUGCCGAUACGAGGUUCGGAAGGGGUAUUAAGGGAGUCGUGACGAGAACGUGGACGGAAGAAGGGUGGCGAGGUUUCUACCGUGGGAUCGUACCUGGGGUGGUAAGAGUCCUCCCUGCGACCUGGGUUACGUUUCUCGUAUAUGAAAACGUCAAGUUCUACCUGCCCCAGUGGACAUCCUAGCGAAACCGAUUCCAGGGUUGUAUUAAAGAAUCAACGUCCUUUAAUGUUUGUAAAGACAAAGGCUUGGCCUAAGAUACCCUUAAUUCCGUAGCUUGUAUAUCUUAUUAGUACCUAUAACUAGCAAAAACCUUAUUGUGCAUAAUAGCAACCAAAAUUAUC